AUGAUUCAGGCUUCCGUACAGCUGCCAUCCAAUGUACCAACAGCCAGUACACAUAGGAACAAGUUUGCCAUCCGACCCUCUUGGCUGAGCUGCUCAACAUCAACGCUGGCCAGACAUGCCAGGUGCGCGCACGGCGCCCCAGUGCCCACACGCUUGAAGCGUGUCUUUUGGCUCGUCCGUAGUGUGAAACUGUCGAGUGUUCUCGGUGUUGUCGAGUGCGAGAAGUUGAAGUGUCGUUAUCUCGAAGCUUCUGAUUGGCCUGAAGGGCUAUGGGGCAUUUUACAGUCUGACAGCUGA